AUGGCGCCCAUGGUGACUCCCAAGCUCCGCGUAUUCACGCAUGAAGGGCGAAUUUUUAUGUCCUUAAAUGCAUCCUUUCUUCCAGCCACGAUCCCUCCUAUCCCUCGACCUUGGAAUCCUGCACUCGAAUUCGAUUCUUCGCCCGAUAACAUCAAAGACGCUCUGACCACCCAGUGGGCUUACGAGACUCGCCCAUGGUUUCCCCUCAUCGCAACAAGCCCUGAUUUUAGUGGAGCUGUCUUUGCAUGUCUCAACCAUUCACUGUACUCUUUGCCCGUAGAGUCCACACCCGAUGGCCACUAUAUGUUGCGUGGAGACGUUCGGCGAGAAUGGGAGAGCCUAGAGCAAAAGUUACUGUGGUGUUUGCAACAGUUAGCAGUGAACAUGCACUUUCCUUGGUAUGGCCAAGCUCCAAGACCUCCCAAAGACUAUGGAUACCUGAGGUCCCAUACUGAUGCAAGGCUUGCAAAGAAGGUCGCCCUGAGAUCUCGCGAUGCAUUUUUAGGGAUCUCAGCUCUUUGCACGUAUUUCAUUAUGGCUCGCCGGUAUCGACCUCAUAAUAAUUCUGCCUCCUGGACUUCCCUCCUAACAAAUGACCCUCGAUGUCCUAUCCUAUCUGCAUGGGUGAUGGAACUUUCUCGUACAUUUGUCGGGGAUCUUACAGAUGCCGUACCAUGCAAUGGUAUGAUCAUUAAUGGCGCUUAUAGUCUGGCCUGGGACACGGACGUGAUCAUGUUUGAGCACUAUAAAGUUCCGAUCUGGGUGCAUUGGCCUCCUGGUGUUUCCGGCAAUAGGAUAUGGAAGCUCUAUUGCCCCUCAGCAGACGAUCUCACUAGAGCAACUAGCGCUACCUCAAGCGAACUGCAGAACAACGACGCUUGGGGCAUUCAGUCCCAUUCUCAUUCUUGGCUUGCCCAGCCCAAUGACAUAUGUGACCCUGAGUCGAGCCAGCCAGCACCGUUGUCCACUCAACCUCAACAAGACCUCUCUCGUUUUCCCCUUCCCCAUAAAAAUAGUGGGCAGAGACAUGGCGAAGAUUGGCAGGCGUUUUUUGCUCGCAAAGCCUUGCAGAACGCGAAGAAGGAGGAGAAGGAGACCCCAUCUGAACGACAGGCUCGUCUGAGUCAUCAACGUUCGGCCGAGAAUCACAGCCUUCCUGGCAAGUCCAGUAGGAUGUGGGUGUUCGAAUGGCAACCCCAAGACGAUUAUAAUGAUUUCAUGUUGCGCACUCACAUCACGAAGGCUAGGGUUGAGGAGGUCUGGGGAGACUACAAUAAGUUCACCAGGGUCUUUGAUUCUUUUUCCAAUCAAUGGGACUUGUGUCUCGCACUCAACCCCACUAGCAUCCCUGAUGGUGAUGAUCGCGAGGAUGACGAUGAUAUCAUGCCUUCUCUCCCCGUAGCUUCCCCUUCCGAGGUUCCGCCUCCACCCCCUUCCAGUUUUGCCAAUGAUAUAUACACAUACUUCGGGAGCGGUGUUUCACUUUCUUCAAGACAUACACACAUCGAAGGAUUCGUUCCUGUAUUGCAUUAUUACUUCGGAUAUCGAAGCACUGCCCCUACCUCUGCUCCCACCAUAUCAUUCCUACCAGCGAAUGAGUGGAUUAAAACGGCCAAAUGGGAUCAGCUUCGCAAACUUCUUGGUGAUUCAUCGGCAGAAACGGGUUCGAUCACGGAGCCACAACGUCAAUGCAUCACGAAGUUCAUUGCAUGUUUUGUCAACAUGAAAGAGUCUGACUUGAACACAAUCCCACCUGACCUUUGGGAUCUUGGACCCCUCCCAUCUCUACAAAUUUCACAUCCUUAUAUUCGUAUCUCGCGUGUGCAGCUGUCGCAAUGUCGGUAUUAUAUUAUCGAGCCCCGCAAGUCCCCAAAUCUUGUAUUCUGGACUCUGGCUGUCCUCAACCCCAUCACUGCUGUUAUGUGUUUGCGCCGUGAUUGGGGCUCAGACAUGAGGCAGAUUGCCUUAACUUUGCUUCAAAGAGGCAUUGGAUUCAGGACCUUACAGAACAUGAGUGUCGCGCCCCACUAUUGUUGCCCCCUUUCUGAACUUCGUACCUACACGUUAGGGCAUCGACAGCCCCCUUUCAAUCCCCUAUACGCUGAUUAUAUCAUAUAUGAGCAGCUCCGCCACGAGUUCAUGAAUCGUCCCCAGGCGAGGGCUGCAUUCCUGCAUGGAGGACUCAUAUGGCGUUUGGCCUUGCACAGCCUUGGUUUCAACCACCUUCCGUCUGUCCUCGACGGUAUUUCAACAGAAGCUGUUCCAUUUGGCAAGCAAUUGAUUGGCGAUGGCGAUCAGACUUACUAUGAUGAUGGGUUGUCAGAGGAGGAAAUUGAUUUCAUGUGUGGAACGUACUACAUAGACCACCGUGAUGGUCCAGAGAUAGUUUGA